CCAGAUAUUGAAAUGCUCACCACUCGAACAUCAGCCUUGCUGUGCGACUGACGUGAUACGGACGCACUGCGCACAGGGACACAACAGUCACGCCACAGUUUUCAAAAUGCCGGAAGUGGACAUUCCUUCUUUCAGUUCCGAAGUUAAGUCUUGCUACAAGCUACAAAAGGAACUGGCUCAGGAAUUACGUGACUUUGCUGAAAACCUGAAAUCUAAACAGAGAAAACUUGACAUUGCAAAACUCACUUCCUCAAAUGUUGGUCUCGUUGGUGGGGUUUUUGCAAUUGCCGGUUUGAUUCUGGCGCCCGUUACUGCAGGGGCCUCAUUAGGCCUGACCAUAGCUGGGGGCGUAGUAGGAGGAGGUGGUGCCGUGUCAGGUUUGUCGUCCAUGAUUGUUGAGUAUCGCAUCACCAAGAAAGCUGAAAAACACUUAUCUCAAAGACUUCAUGAUUAUGCGGAAAUGUCAGAAGAUAUUAACUCAAAACUGAAUACGCUAAUUAAGACACUGCAAGAAUCAGAGAAGGAUGUUCUGCAAGGUCAAAUUGAAAAAAGUACUUUUAUCAACAAGGAGACAAAGAACGAUAUCAUUGGAAUGAUCAGAAGCACUGAAAAAAUAUCAUUUCCUCUGGGUCUUGCAGCCAGAGGGGCAGUAGUUAUCAUAUCAGUCAAGGACGUGGUUGACUCGGUAAUCAAGGCGGUUAAAAUUACCAGGGCAACUAAAAGGGCUGUUGAUGUUGUUGGGAGUAUUGCAGCUGGUGCUGAGGUAUCUGCCAGAGUUUUCUCUGCUGGAAGAUCUGUAGGAACGGCUACUGAUGUUGGAACUGACGUCACUUCCGCUGCUGGGAAGGCCGCCACGGCCGGUAAAGCUGCAGCAGCCGGGGUGAAGGUCGCAGGUGUGGUUCUUGCCGCUGCCGGAGUGGCAGUAGAUCUCGGUGCUGUUAUUUACUACAGUCGUAAAAUACACAAAAACGAACCCUCAAAGAUUGUAGAGAACAUCUUGAAAGUGGCUGAUUGUCUGGACACAGAAUGAGGGAAGAAACAGCCACAAUCACAAUCCAGGCUACCAUAGAAAUACAUGUGUGGUAAAUAUGUAAACCAUUUCGACAAGCCUGAAUACCAGAUUUCAUUAAUCGCCUCUUACUAUAAACAUGGGUUGUGGAAGACCAAUUCUAACCUGGAAUACCACAAAUAAUGAUUGAUUGAAACAUCCCGGUGCCACGCAGUUCGCGUCUACCUAUUUCUCAACCCUUGUAAGUGUGUAUUGGGUGGUUUGGCAACAGUUUUGCCAUAGUUUUGCCAAUUACUAUUUGCACAAAUUAUUCUCAUUGCAAUGAAAUGAAUAAUCGUGCAGUAUAGUUCACACUCUCUCUGUACAAAUACGUAGCUUCACUACGUACCACUAUAUUGAUAUUCAAGUAUGUAGCACGAGAGAAUUCACCUAUCUGUGAUGAGACUGACAACGAUGGUACAUCAAUCCAAGAAGAGUAUGUUACCACCAUCAGAUCGGAUUAUCUAGAGGAGCAUGUUCUCCUGUCAGGUGAUUUUACUGCCAGGAUGAAGCAGUUUCUAGAUUUUAUACUUGAUGACAACAUAUACUGCGUGUAUGAUGCUGAUGACUAUCCUAGUGAUGGUAUCGCUAUUUCAAGAUCCACUAAAGAGCUAAUCGAUCAUUUGGAAUCCAUACAUUAAAUGUAUCAUGAUAAGUCUGGUGAAUCUACAUGUGUCACACAUAACGGUUCAAGUGUUGCUGACUAUAUGCUAGUCAGCUCAUCACUAUUUCCUCCUGUAACUGACUUCGGAAUCGGAACUCAGGACCUUUCCUGUCAUUUCCCUCUGUACUGCAUCCUCGAUAUUCCUUCAAUCUACUCUGUUUCACACUCAACCUACCGCCUCUGCACAACAAAGUGAUACUCAACAGAAUAGCGAAGGGGGUAACUGAGUUAACUAUGUGUUUUCUAAAGAAACAACCAAUUUUUGACUAAUUUCAGCCGAUCAUUCAUGGAUACCCUUGAUAGACUGAACAAACUUGUAUAUACCGACAUUAAUGAACCAGUGAGUUUAUUUGUCAGUGUUUCCAGGAGGCAGGAGUUCAUACCAGGACUGUGUAUCACAACAGAUACAGCAGGAGUUCUAGUGAUAAAUCUCAACCUCCAAGGUGGGAUGCAGAGUUGGAGCAAUUAAAACAUGAUAAAUAUUCUGCACUAAGAGUUCAUAGAGACAAUAAUCAAGAUUUGGAUCUAUUGAGGCAACUCCGUAAUUUGUUCAAGAAGACAGUCAGUAUCAAGAGAGCUAAUUACAUGCAUAAACAGAGACCGAAGCUUGUGGAAGCAAGCAAUAACCCUAAAAGUUUUGGAAAUUAGUCAAACAGAAUAAAAAGUCCAGUAAUAUAUCUGCCUCAAUUUCUUGUCAACAGUGGUUUAAUAACUUUUUAUCCUUACUUUGUGUCAAUCAAACAGGCGUUGUUGACUCUAUUCCAAUUGGCAUAUGUCUCAGUUGCACUCAACCGCGCAAAAUUGGUCAUAACUUAAUGCAGCAAUUACUCAACAAGAAGUUUGUAUCAUGUUAUGAAUAUUCCUAAUAAUAGUAAUAAGUCACCAGGACCUGAUGGAGUGGCUGGAGAAUUUCUUAAAGCUUCUAGUAAUUAUAUUGUACCCUUUCUUACUUCCAUUUUAAAUGGGGGCGGUGGGGUAGAAUAGUGGUUAAAGCGUUGGCUCGUCACGCCGAAGACCCGGGUUCGAUUUCCCACAUGGGUAAAAUAUGUGAAGCCCAUUUCUGGUGUCCCCCGCCGUGAUGUUGCUGGAACAUUGCUAAAAGCGGCGUAAAACUAAACUCAGUGAGUCAGUAUGUUUUAAAUGAAAUAUUUGACAGUGGUAAUUUCCCUAAAACAUGGAGCAAGAGUAUGAUAUGUCCUUCAUUAAAUCUGGCUGUAAAGAUGACCCCAAUAAUUAUAGAGGCAUAUCCCUCAUUGACUCUAUUUGAAAAAUGUUUGCUUUUAAUUUGAAUAAACGCCUUCAGAAAUUGGGUGAUUUUAAUGAAAUUAUUAGUGAGUCCCAAGCAGGCUUCAGAGAUAAUUAUUCUACGACUGAUCAUAUAUUUUCCCUCCAGGUGUUAAUUCAGAAAUAUUCUUGCAAAAGGAAGGGCAGAUUUUAUUAUCUUUUUAUUGAUUUUUCCAAUGCCUUUGACACUAUUAACUUCCCUGUUUAAAGUUGGUAUGUGUGGUAAAUUUGUUCAUUUUAUAAAAAGAAUGUAUCAGAAUUUAUCAGCUUGUGUUCAAAAGGCUUGUCUAAAUGUUUUCUUGUAAUAUUGGUACCCGUCAAGGUUGUGUUUUAAGCCCACAAUUAUCUUCAUUAACAAGUUAUGUACUUUAAUGGAGCAGGAGGGUGGUUCAGGUGUAACAGUUCCAUUAGAUUUUAAUAAUUUAUGUUCACUUAUGUUUGCUGCUGAUGUUUCAUCCCUGUCUGAU